GCGGGUUUCAGCAAAAGACCGGACGACUAUUUCUCCCCCCACGCCCAUCGCCCUCUCUCUCGCCCUCGCCCAACCCCUCUUUCCGGACUCAGCAUCAAAUCCUCGAAGCGGGGUCUAAUAUUCACAAUGGCCAAGGACAAGAGCGACAAGAAGGACAAGCGCGAGAGAAAGGAGAAGCGCGCGGAGAAGGACGGAAUCUCCAAGAGCAAGAAGGACAAGAAGGAGAAGAAGGACAAGACCGCUCUUGCCGACGCCGUCGAGAAGGAGCUCACCACCAAGGUUCUGGAGGGCAUUGAGCAGGCUGUCCCUGCUGAUGCCACCGUCACUGGUGUUGUUGAGGCUGAGGUCAUGGAUGUCGACAGCAACCCCGUCGGCGCACUCGUUCCUUUCGCCCAGCCUCUGGUUGAGGACAAGCAGGCCAAGAAGGUUCUGAAGAGCGUCAAGAAAGCUGCUGUCAACAAGUGCUUGAAGCGUGGUGUCAAGGAAGUCGUCAAGGCCCUCCGCAAAUCUCCCAUCCCCGCCGCCAACGCUACCAUCGCCGUCCCCAACGCCGUUGUCAUCCUUGCCGCCGACAUCUCGCCCAUGGACGUCAUCUCUCACAUCCCCGUCCUGUGCGAGGACCACGGUAUCCCAUAUGUCUUCGUCACAUCCCGAGCUGAGCUCGGUAACUCGGCCGCCACGAAACGUCCCACCAGUGUCGUCAUGGUCGUGCCCAAGUCGGCCUCCAAGGGCAAGAAGGGUGAGGACGAAGGUGAGGACUUCACCGAGGUGUAUGAGGAGUUGGCCAAAUUGGCUCAGAAGGAGCUGAAGCGGGUGAACCUGUAAAGGUUCAUCGGGUGUGAUUUGUUUUCCGUUAUUUCCUUAAUCUAUAUGGCUUCUUUUAUUUUGUCUUGUCAACUUGCGAUGGCUGUACAGUUCCACUUUGAUGUCUGACAAGGCAGUGCAUGUCUUUGGGGUCUGGCCUUUGGGACGUGCUUAUAUGGGUUGAUCUUUUAUGACGUGUCCGUUGCAAAUCCGGCGUUCGCAAAUGGUGUAUGAAAAAAAGGCAGGAUGUCUUCAAAAUUAAACUCAAUUGACUGACAAGAUAUUAUUCUUUUUACGAGGCGGC